GCAGAGUCCCGUUGCCAAGGUGGUGGUUGCUGCAGCAGAUUGGAAACCGUUCAUUCGGAGAAAACAAACAAAGAAAAAAAAAGUUAAUAUCAUAUUUUUUUAGAACAUGGAAAUCUUUUAAAUUGGGAUCAAAAUAAGGUAUGAUCCCUGUGUCUCCCUAACUACCACCGUACCGUAACUAUUAGAGCGAUAUAAUAUGGGUUUCCAAUAAUAGCCCACAUAAAUGUAUUUUUAUUUAUUAAUUGGUUUGUUUUUGUUUAAUAUUUAACGUAUAUCCCACGUUUCACAAAUUAUCAUUACAAUAGGUUUAUCAGUGCACGGAUUAUACCGUAUUCUUACUGAUUUUUAGGCUGAAUUAAAUGUGAGAAGUUGCAAAAAGAUGGUUAAAGGAGAGAAAAAGAAAAAAGCAGACAAGUCGAAUCUCGAAGUUUCAUUUAAUAAAAUAUUAGAAAGUAGUUGCAGCACCGUUUCCUCUGAGCCGCCGCCACCGGUCACCGCGACCCUGCUGCAAUUGGGAGAAAACAUCAGUGAGCUGAGUUCUUCAUCUGACGAGUCACAGCCGCUGGUCACCUCGCAAAACACAGAACCAGCCCAAGAGUGCUACGAAGAACCCAUUCUCACCCUGCUGGUCGUGGAACGCUACGAGGGAGAAAAGUUCCACGGACUCUAUGAAGGUGAAGGAAUUGCGUAUUUUCAAGGAGGCAAUGUUUACAAGGGUAUGUUUUCAGAAGGGCUGAUGCAUGGGAAAGGGGCUUACACAUGGGCUGAUGGUGUUACAUAUGAGGGUGAUUUUGCAGUGAAUGUGCCUAUGGGACGUGGAUCUUACACGUGGCCUGAUGGAAGCAGCUAUGAAGGGGAGGUGCACAAUGGAAUACGCCAUGGAUUAGGAACAUACAGAUGUGGCUCUAAACCAGUUUCUUACAUAGGACAGUGGAAUCAAGGAAAGAGACAUGGAAAGGGUACUAUAUAUUUUAACCAGGAUGGAAAUUCAUGGUAUGAAGGAGAUUGGAUAAACAACAUCAAGGAAGGAUGGGGUAUAAGAUGGUACAGCUCUGGAAAUGUAUAUGAAGGACAGUGGAAAAAUAAUGUGCGCCAUGGAGAAGGAAGGAUGAGAUGGCUGGCAUCAAAUGAACAGUAUAAUGGACAAUGGGUCAAUGGGAUACAGAAUGGACACGGGACCCAUACCUGGUUUCUGAAGAGAGUGCCCAGCUCACAGUAUCCUCUGAGGAAUGAGUAUACAGGAGACUUUGUGAAUGGCAUACGGCAUGGCAUUGGGCAAUUCUACUAUGCAAAUGGAGCUUUAUAUGAUGGAGAAUGGAAGUUUAAUAAAAAGAAUGGAAUGGGAAAGUUCAUUUUUAAAAAUGGACGCAUAUUUGAAGGAGAGUUUAUCGAAGAUCGCAUGGCUGAGUUCCCUAACUUUUUAUUAGAUGGAAGUAGCACCCCUGAUCUGAGUGGCAUACGGACACAUUCCCCAUCAGGUGCUAACGAACCAACCAAAAUAUCCACAAGAACUAGCGGUGGCUUAUCCAUCCUGGGGCCUGAUAUGGCUCUUGAUCUCUAUGCAGUGCACAAGAAUUUUCCUGAACAAGAAUGGGAUGGGGAAAUAAAACAGGUAGAAUUUGCAAUUCUCAGACACAUCACAGAACUGAGGCGAAUCUAUAGUUUCUACAGCAGUCUGGCUUAUGAGCACUCUUCCGAUAACACCUUUCUGCUGACCAGACUGCAGUUCUGGAGAUUUCUCAAGGACUGCAAAAUUCAUCACCACGGCUUAACUUUAGCAGAAGUAGACAGGAUUCUCUGUGCCGAUGUGCCAGCUGAAGAGAUCCACUCCCCUUUUAACACCAUGCUUCUCAGGAAAUUUCUCAGCAAUGUUGUUGUGCUGGCAUACCACAUGUACCAUAAAGAAAUCCGACCACCUAAUCAUACUUUAGCGUCAUGCUUUUCAAAACUGGUGGCAGAGAAUAUAGUUCCAAAUGCAAGAAACAUAAAAGGUGAUUUUUUCUGCGAUCACGAACGUGCUGUAAUUGCUGUGAAUUACAUUGAAAAAUCCUGGGAGAUACACCAAGUUUACUGCAGGCAGAAUCCCAAGCCACCAAACGAACCAACAAUGAAAAUGAGGCACUUCAUAUGGAUGUUAAAGGAUUUAAAUGUAUUUAGCAAUGAGUUGACAGCUGGAAAGGUCCUGGAAAUCCUUGCUAAAGACAACCCUGCAGUGCAUGUUGAAGCCUUUAGUAAUCUAGAACUGGAGAUUACUUUCCUGGAAUUCUUUGAGGCCUUGCUUGGAUGUGCAGAGGUGUACACUCCUAGGACAAUAAGACCCUAUUCUGUGACAAGUUCCGAACAUUUGGAAACAACAGAAACACCAGCUGAGAAUCCAAGAGAAGACCCUGCAGAGCAGAUUCAAGAAACGUCCAUUCCGGCCAGAGUGCCAGACAGCACACCAAAGGAAGACCAUGCCAGCCCCAGUGGUUACUUAAAGUCUCCCCACAGAAAUCUUGCCUCUGACUCCAGUAGUGUGAAGAAAUCUGAGCCAAGCAAGUCAAAAGAAAUGAUAGUAUCUGAAGAGAAAACCCCCAAGCAAAGUGAAAGAUCUACAGCAAAAGGAAGAGUACACUCAAUACAUCAAAUUAGUCUAUGUGCAACAAGUGGAUCUGUCCCCCAGUCUGCACACAGUAAUUCACACAGUGUCCAGCUGGAGGCAGAAAGCAGUGAGAUUAUUGUGCAGUCAAUGCCUGCACUGGACCCAGAGCAAUUAUACACUCAGCAGGAUCAACUCCCAGAAAAGGCUGAAGAAGCAGUAAUUGAACCAGAGAAUGAACUUGAUUUCUGGAUUCAUCAGAUCUAUGCUUUCUUUGCUAAGAGGUUUUUCCCAUCUUACGACUACAACCUGAUUCUCAAAAAGGAAGCAGCGGAGGACCGAGUAAGGCAGGGAGUCCUGGCUCGGAUAGCAAAAGUCAAAGCAGAAGAAGCAGCAAGGCUAAAAGAACUGAGGGAGGCAGAGGAAGAGAGAAGGCAUGAACAGGAGGAGGCAGAGAAAGCAGCGUUUGAGGCUGCAGCUGUGGCUGCACUUCCAGAACCCCCAAAAGAGGAAAUCAACCAGAGUCCUGAACCAAUCGUCAACGUAGUUUCACAGAUCAUCAUCAGCAAACCUACUCCUUCAGGGUCGAAGAAAAAGAAAAAAUAGUGUGUGCCAAGCACUGCUACCAGACUGAUUCUAGUAGCGAAACCCCAAAAUAUAUACGGUUACCAAUAAUCUCCUAUGUAGGAUG